GAUUGUCCAUGCGUAAGUAUGGAGAACCUUGUAUAUACGAUGUCGACGAACAUAAUAGUAUAAGUACACUGGCUGUGCCCUCUCCAUUGAGAUCAUCACAACAGCUUCACUCAAUUCACAGAGCCUCUUCUCUCUCUCACUCCUCGAUCAAUAUCUUCAAACAGUCCACAAGAUGCGUUACGCAAUCGCCGCCUCCGCCCUUCUCGGCGCUGUUGCUGCUGCUCCUCAGAUGAUCAACAUCGACGCUGCUCUGGCUGUUCCCACUCCUACCAUCCUUGGCCCCAAGGUUGAGGAGACCAAGGCUGCUCCUAUCUCCUACAACCCCACAGUUGCUGCUUCCGCUGUUGCCGUCGUUGUCAAGGAGGAGGGUGUUAUUGAGAAGCGUGUCGUCGCAGACAGCUGCGGUGCGCAGCUCCCCGGUGGUGUUGGCCAAGUCCCUGGCGAUGGCAGCGUCUCCGCUUAUCUUGACAAGAACGGCGACUUGAGGAAGGCUGCCCAGGCUGCUACAGCUGAUACAGCUCCAUCGGGCUACACGCAGUCUUUCCAGGACUUGACCGGAAGCUCCCAGCAGGUAGGCUACCUUACCUACAAGAACCUCGACACCUACUCCCCUCAGGCUUGCGCGGACUUCUGCGAUUCCGAGAAGUACUGCCAGGGUUUCAACGUUUACUUCGAACGUGACCCCAAGUUCGAGCCCAAGGACGGAUGUGCAAACCCUCCCGCAGUCACCAACAUCAAGUGCUCGAUCUAUGGCUACAAUGUUGCCGCGAAGGCUGCUACAAACGACGGCCAGUGGCGCGGUCCCCAGGAUGCCAACGGUGAAUCUUUCCACGUUGUCAUCACUGGUUCCAACGGUUACUCCAAGAACAGCAGGGCCCUUCCCUCAAUCACCGACUUCAACGCUGGUGAAGCUCUCCCUGCUGCGAUCAAUGCUCCUCUUGAUAACGGCUACGACACAUACAACGGCAUGAGGCUGUUCAACAACAACCCUUAUGACCCCGCUCUCUGCGCUGCUGCUUGCGAGGCCCAGACUGAGUACGAUGUCGCACACCCGGCGGCCGAUGGCAGCUACAAGGCAUGCAACUUCUUCACCUCGUACGUUCUUACCAAGAACGAUGUUCCCCUCGGUACCUACUGCGCUCUGUACACUCGCUCGUGGGACCGCACCUACGCCGUCAACACUGGCUUCUUCGAUGGCGACGACGUGUACUCCGUCCGCAACGCCGCUUCCUACGCGCUCACCAACUUCAAGGCCUCCGUCAAGCCUACUGCCCAGCAGUAAUUGCAUCUCCAUUGUCGAGACAACACGUGCCUACGCUUUCAGGAUGCUUACGAAUCUAUAUCUCUUUCAUUUCUUCACUACC